AAGACCUUCCUUGCCACUUCUACCCACCAAACUUUCUCCAAGUCUCAGAGGUGGAAAUGAGAGGUUCGGAAGACGUUGCGCCUGGCACCGUGUUACAGCGCUUGAUCCAGGAGUUGCGCUAUGGCAACCCGAACGAGAACAUGAACCUGCUGGCUAUCCAGCAGCAGGCCACAGGGAGCGCAGGACCAACCAACUCCACUACCGCUGCGCUCUCUUCUUCCACGGAGAACCUGGUGCCAGAAGACCCACAAAUGGUCCAGGAGUCAGCCCGCCAAGAACCUCAGGGCCAGGAGCACCAAGGGGAUAGUUCUGUGAUGGAGAAGCAGUCCAGAGGCUCCCAGCCUCAGCAAAACAAUGAGGAACUCCCAACUUACGAAGAGGCCAAAGCCCAGUCUCAGUUUUUCAGGGGUCAGCAGCAGCCCAGUGCCAUGGGGACCGGAUUUUAUGUGUCUGGAACCUCCUGCACAAAAUCUAGAACAGAAGGGAGGCCGACUUUGGCCCGAGCCAACAGUGGGCAGGCACACAAGGACGAAGUGCUGAAGGAACUAAAGCAAGGCCAUGUCCGCUCCUUGAGUGAAAGGAUAAUGCAGCUGUCAUUGGAGAGAAAUGGUGCCAAACAGCAGCCCCUCACCUCAUGGAGAAGUAAAGGCCUCAAGCCUGCAGGGCCGAACUCUUCCCAGGCUGCCAACAAAGGCAUGGAUCCGAGAGGGCCGCCACCUGACUAUCCAUUCAAAAACAAGCAGGUGGUCUCUCCCCUGAGCAAAUCUCAGGAGCAUGGGGUGUUCUUUAAUGACCAACCUUCCGGAAUGAUCCAGGAAGCUGUGAAUCCAUCGUAUUCAGCGCCACAGCCAGCAAGGAGUGAAGUUGCGGUGGUCCGCUACCAAGCUCCCCCAGAAUAUGGUGUGACCAG